AUGAAAUUCUCUAUCAUACCUACUACCGCCUUGCCAGAGUAUGAGGGUCCAUUAUGUGUUGGUUCGGUGGUCAUUGAAACAAGUGUUCCUAAAGAACUUCAAUGUAAGUUAUCAAAUAUUGAACAUGAAUUGAAAACAGUUAAACUCCGAAUGUUUUAUCCUAUUUUUCCCACCAAAGAAGUAAAGCCCCGGAAAGACGAGCUUUGGCUCCCCUUCAAUGAAGGAAUUCCAAAUAUUGCUACAGGGUUUAAAUGGUGGAUGAUUCGAACAUGUGCAAGACAGUUUUCUAAAACUUCUUUACCUGUUUAUGAUGGGACUCUGUUUCAGGACAGUCAAAAUACUAAGCUGCCAGUAUUGUUGUUUAGUCAUGGACUUUUGGGUUCAAGGAAUGUUUAUUCUUCUUUAUGUGGAAAUAUCUCUUCUUAUGGAGUCGUUGUUUUGGCUUUAGAGCACCGUGACCAGACUGCUAUAAUUUCAACUGUUCGUGAUCCUAGUCACCCGGAUGAUAAAGGAUAUCUUGUUCAGUAUCGAGAAAUCAAGGAUUUUUAUAGCGAGGAUACUAUUGCAUUACAAAAGGACAGACUUCAUUUUCGUGAAAGGGAAAUUCAGCUUGCUGUGAAAAUGAUCCGCUCAAUCAACGAGCACGGUGUACCUAGCCUUGACACAGCCUACUCUUCUUCUGGUGAUCCUAACGUCUGUAAACGUCUGUUUGAAUCACUGAAAGGUCGCUUGAAUACUACAAAAGGAGAGCUUUUACUUUCGGGUCACUCGUUUGGUGCCGCCACCAGUGCUUUCAUAACAAACUCAUCAACUCGCUCCCUUGACAGCAGUAGCCUGCAUCAGGAAGAAUACAAAUGCGUAAUUUUGUAUGAUAUCUGGAUGUUGCCUGUUCUCCAGCUGAAUAUACAGAAAAUCAAGUACCCUACUAUAAUGAUCAUAUCUUAUGAAUUUCAACGCUGGGCUGAUAACUAUAACGCCUUGGAAAAUUGGCUUUUUGGCCGCAAAUCGAAAUCAGAUGUUGAUCAGGAAACUUCUGCAAACAAGCUUGAAAUUGUUCCAACUGAAAAACCAUCUCACGUGUUCGUCUUAGAUGGGACAGUCCACGCAAACCAAAGUGAUCUACCGAUUCUUUUACCGAGUAUGGUUUUCAAAUUACUUAAAGGAAAAGUUAAAGCUGAUCCUUAUGAGGCUGUUAUAAUUAACGCACGUUCUUCUGUUCAGUUUUUGCGGGAGAAUGGAGUCAAACUUCAAGGGGAAAAUGACCCCGACAGUUUAAAGUCGGAAGUCAUUCCUGGCUGGGAGAAAAUCAUCUAA